AUGAGGUAUGGAAGCUUAGAGGAUGUUUUACAUGAUCAAAAGAAAGCUGGGAUCAAACUGAAUUGGGCAGCAAGGAGAAAGAUUGCCAUUGGAGCUGCAAGAGGUCUGGCUUUUCUUCACCAUAAUUGCAUUCCUCAUAUAAUUCAUAGAGAUAUGAAAUCGAGCAAUGUCCUACUCGAUGAGAAUUUGGAGGCCAGAGUCUCAGAUUUUGGGAUGGCAAGGCUGAUGAGUGCUAUGGACACGCAUUUGAGUGUCAGCACAUUAGCAGGUACCCCUGGCUAUGUUCCUCCUGAAUAUUACCAGAGCUUUAGAUGUUCUACAAAAGGUGAUGUUUACAGUUACGGUGUAGUUUUGCUCGAGUUGCUUACAGGGAAAAGACCUACAGAUUCUGCUGAUUUUGGUGAUAACAAUCUUGUGGGGUGGGUGAAACAGCAUGCAAAACUUAGACUUAGUGAUGUCUUUGAUCCAGAGCUAAUGAAAGAGGACCCGAGCCUUGAGAUUGAGCUUUUACAACACUUUAAGGUUGCUUGUGCUUGCUUGGAUGAUCGACCAUGGAGACGUCCCACAAUGAUUCAAGUCAUGGCAAUGUUCAAGGAAAUACAAACAGGGUCUGGACUUGACUCCCAGUCGACCAUUGCCACCGAGGAUGGAGGCUUUACUGCAGUUGAAAUGGUAGAGAUGACCAUAAAAGAAGUCCCUGAAGGUAAGCAGUAG